CAACCAUGAAGUCUCCAGUCAACCGUUGUCACUUUAUUGUAUUGUGUCUUUACUCAGUUAUUACUUAUUAGUAGAGAGAGCUACACUAUUUAUAAAUAGCAUGUACUUCCUGGCAGAAAACUCUGCAGCAUGUCAUAACCUUCUUCCUUGCCCACAAAAAAUACACACACACUCACACACUGCAAAAGACCAUUUCUUCAACAAUGGUUGUUGCCGGCAAUUACGGUGGAGGCCCAAACAUGGGUAGCUUUUCGCUACAGGUGAUUAGAAGCCGGUGGUUCAUGAUCUUCGGCACCAUUCUAAUUAUGGCUGCCGCCGGCGCAACCUAUAUGUUCGCCCUCUACUCCGGCGACAUAAAAGAGUCCCUCGGAUACGAUCAAACGACCCUCAAUCUGCUCAGUUUUUUCAAAGAUUUAGGGGCCAAUGUCGGUGUCCUUUCCGGCCUAAUCAAUGAAGUCACACCUCCUUGGGUUGUGCUUUCAUUGGGUGCUGUUCUUAACUUCUUUGGCUACUUCAUGAUUUGGUUAGCCGUGGAAAAGAAGAUCUCAAAACCACAAGUAUGGCAUAUGUGUUUAUACAUUUGCAUCGGUGCAAAUUCUCAGUCGUUUGCCAAUACCGGAGCCCUUGUCACCGCCGUGAAGAACUUCCCGGAAAGCAGGGGAGUUGUGCUUGGCCUUUUAAAAGGCUUUGUUGGCCUCAGUGGUGCCAUCAUCACUCAGCUUUACCACGCUGUUUACAAUAAUGAUUCCAAAUCUCUGAUUCUUAUGAUUGGUUGGCUUCCGGCUGCGAUUUCUUUCGCUUUUCUCCGAACCAUUCGUAUUAUGAAAGUUGUUCGGAUUGAACAUGAGCUCAAAGUGUUCUUCAGGCUUCUUUACAUCUCACUUGGGCUGGCUGGUUUUCUUAUGAUCAUGAUCAUAUUCCAAAAACAGUUUAAUUUUUCUCGAGGCGAAUAUGGUGCUAGCGCUGCUGCUGUUGUUGCUUUGCUCUUUUUACCAGUUGCAGUUGUGAUUCAAGAGGAGUUAAGAAGUUGGAGGAGCAAAAGAGAAGCUCUGGAAAAUCUUCCCAAAUUGGAAGUGGUAACUGAAAAUGAGGCCAAUCCAGCAAAAACAGAGUACCCUGUUUCAACCUCAGAAGCCAUUCCAAAAUCCAUUGAAUCAUCCACCAAGGAAACCGAAGUAGAAGCUUCUUGCUGGACAACAUGUUUCCGGCCACCCAACAGGGGAGAAGAUUUCACAAUACUCCAGGCAUUAUUCAGCGUGGACAUGUUAAUCCUGUUCUUGGCUACCAUUUGUGGGGUUGGUGGUACUUUAACAGCAAUUGACAAUCUGGCUCAGAUUGGCAAGUCAUUAGGCUACCCCAAAAAAACCACCAGCACAUUUGUUUCCCUUGUCAGCAUCUGGAAUUACCUGGGAAGAGUUGUUGCCGGUUUCGUUUCAGAGCAUCUUCUGAAAAAGUACAAAUUUCCUCGUACCCUCAUGCUCACAUUAAUCCUAACCUUGUCCUGUGUCGGCCAUCUCCUCAUUGCUUUUGGUGUACCCAAUGGCCUGUAUUUCGCAUCGGUGAUCAUUGGAUUUUGUUUUGGUGCCCAAUGGCCAUUACUUUUUGCCAUAAUUUCUGAGCUCUUUGGCCUCAAAUACUACUCCACACUGUAUAAUUUUGGGUCUGUAGCUAGCCCAAUUGGCUCCUACCUCUUGAAUGUGAGAGUUGCAGGGCAUUUGUACGAUAAGGAAGCAAUGAAGCAACUCCAGGCUUUGGGGCUGAAGAGGCAGGAAGGCCAGGAUUUGAAUUGUCAUGGAGUGGUAUGCUUCAGGUUGGCAUUCAUCAUAAUUACCGCCGUCACGAUUUUCGGAGCUCUUGUUUCGGCGGUUUUGGUGAUGAGGACCCGGAAGUUUUACAAGAGUGAUAUAUACAAGAAAUUCAGGGAAGAGGCUAUGGCCGCAGAGCACGAAAUGGCGGUGGCAUCCGCCGGAAACAGCGCUAUAGUUGUCCCAAGAAGCAGUAACAAUAUGAUUAAGGAAUAGGAGGUGUUGAAUGAAUGUAGAAUCAUCAAAAGAUAGAAUUUGUGUAGAUAGUACAGGAUGAUGAAAGCAGAGAGGUUAAUCCAGUGGUAGAAGCUAUUACUUGGUUUUUCAGUUUAAAGCAAAACCACCUGGAGAAGUUCUGUUCUUAGUUUAGUACUAGUAUUUUAAACUUUUACUCUUUCUUUUUUCUUCUUUGAUGAAUAGAUUUUACAGGAAUGCAAUUUUAAUUCUACUAUACAACUCCGUUGAAAACGCAAUAUUUUGUCCUUGAUGCAUCACACAGUUGUUUCCAUACUCCUUUUGCAAAAUAGAGAAUUUGCAAAAUAUCAACCUUGUGAGGCCAUUAACAAAACCAGAUGGAAGAAUGUCUUUGAUUGGGG